AUGUCCCGUGAGCUUCGCACGGCUGCUGAAAGAUGCCUCGAACAAUUCAAGCUGCUGAUCGAAAUCAGCGCGGAGCUGAAAUCUGCAAGUGAGGAAGUCGAUGCCAUCGUAAGCUUGAGACCAGAAGAAACAUCCGAUGUGCUUGAACGUAUUGACAGCCUUACUGGAGCGAACGGAUCAAUCGGAGAUGGAUCCUUCGAUGACUCUACGUCUUCUGCAAUAUCGUCUUUCCAGGGAUCGGAGACGAAGUCGGUUCAGGAAGAACUGGCACUUGAAACCUCGGCCGAGAACUCAUCGCCAGAAAAGAGAUUACCAGGCAUAGAGAGAGCGAUUGACCGGCUCUUCAGAUUUUCUUUGUUGAUCCGCCAACCUUCAAGAUCAUCUCAAAAUGACAAAGCCGAACGUUUCAUCAUGAGAGAUGACGAUGGCAACGAAUUGAACGAGUCAUUCGCAGGGUUCGCUCGGCAGAUAGUGGAUCACUGCUUUCCAGACGCGCCUGAGUUUCUACGCGCAAAACUAUCGAACGGCAUAGUCAUUCGGCGCAAACGUUUCUUGUACCGAAGGCGCCAUCAGGAAAAGCUGUUUGGCGUGGAUAUAUCGAAAGGGACUAUGCGACAGGAUUUGAAGCAUGGCGACGAAACCGAAGAGAUGGAUGUUACAGUACGCGCUUUUCCACUGACGAAUGAAGCCUCACCAGUAGACACGCUGGCGCCCAAGCGUCUGCGGGUUAGAGCAUCUAACCCAUCACAUACCUCUGCAUCUGCGCUUCAGAAGCAGUCUGUUCCAAUUAGUAUUGUGUUGGAGGACACAAAGUCGAACCAGACUACAUCCUUCACUGCUACGCCCUCCGCGAGUGUACCAGUAGAUUUGCCGCGCCCACCCAAGCCCGCCCUUGGUAGCAAGGAAUUUGAAUGCCCAUACUGCUGUCUCAUAUUGCCUAUCAAAGAAUCAAGAGCUUCUCGCUGGAGACAACAUGUUCUGGAGGAUCUUGAGCCCUAUACGUGUCUCUUUGCAGGAUGUCCAGAUGAUUUAAAGCUUUUCGAGGAUAAAGCUACUUGGAAAGCUCACCUCCAGGGCCACCAAACCCGCUGGAGGUGCACAUCCAAAGCUCAUUCGGCAACACUGUUCACAAGUAAACAAGAUUACUUUGAACACAUGCGAGAUCAGCACGCAAAGUCGUUUACCGAUUCGCAGUUGCCCGUGUUAGCCAAUCGAAGCAAAGUGCCAACGACCAUGAUCUUUUCACAAUGUCCUCUUUGUUCUUAUAUACCGACCGAAAACGAUAUCGGAGAUUCAACUGGUGCGAGUCAGAUGCAGAAAGACAGAUCGAUAUCCGAACGCAUAGUAAGACACCUAGCGGCUCAUCUGGAAUUCCUUGCAGUCAAGGCUCUACCAUGGCAAGACGAAGUCGAAGAGCAUCCAGAAGGCCACUCUCAAACAGGCAAAGCCGACGAUUUCACUGUACAAAGUGAGAACGGCUCUCGGGUCCUAUCGUCAGACGAUGCAGCAGGUCUGCAAUUCUCCGAGGACUCUUAUGGCAAUAGCUCACUCGAAUUACCCACUAGAAGUGGAGACACAACACCACUUCUCGGCUCAUCCUAUGAGGAAGACUGGAGUUUCAUCGAAAGGCAACCUUACUUCGGCCAUGAUAGAGAUGAGACCCUGCAACCUCUUCUACAGCGUCUCUUUCUUGAAGAUUCGUCAACCAACGCAUUUUCUGGACCAUCACUUCCUGCUUACCAGGUGCCUGUAACCCCUGAUAAAAAUUUCUACGGCCGAGAUUACGCGCUAGAUGCAAUGGAAAAGGCCUUAUGCACGGCUAUCAACAAUGAGUCGACGGACAAUAAGCCUGUAAGCUGGCCAAGAUGCUAUGCCUUGUAUGGUCCUGGAGGUAUGGGGAAGACACAGAUCGCAGCGAAUUUUGCGUCCAAACAUAGAAACGAGUUCGAUGCUGUUCUAUGGGUCCAAGCAGAAGAUGUUGGAAAGAUUGCACAAGACUAUAAGGAUUUGGCGAUCGGCUUAGGCUUGGUAGAAGCUGAUUCCCGAAAUGCAAUGGACCUCGAUUACACGAAGGACGUGUUGAAGCGAUGGCUCGUUAAACCCCGGAAAAACAGAUCUCAAAAAGGCGAAAAAAACCCGGAACUGGCUUCUUGGUUGCUGGUAUUCGACGGUGUGGAGGAUGGCGAUGUUUUGAAUGGAUUUUGGCCAUACAACGGGCCAGGUUCUGUGCUCAUUACCAGUCGCAACCCGUACUCAUGGUCAGCAUCUCUCGAGCUGAAGCCCUUCAGCCUAUCCGAAGCCACGAACUAUCUGUUCCGUGUGACUGGAAAAGAACCAGCUCCUGGUCCCGAAAUGGCAGCUGCAACUACAAUCGCCAAUCGUCUGGGUGGUCUACCGCUGGCCCUCAGCCAAAUGGGCUCCAUCGUCGCUUCUAAGGAUAUCUCAUUUACGGAUUUUCUUUACUCUUUCGAGGAGCGUGAGGGCUCACAAGCCUUCUUCGACUGGCAAACUCCGGACAAAUUGCGCUCUCCCAGUAACUAUCAAUCCAACGUCGCAUCAGUGUGGGCUUUCGACCGCCUUGGGAAAGGCUCAACACUUAUCAAUAUCGUCUCUAUGCUCGACCCUGAUUCAAUCCCAGAAUCAGUGUUCACUUCGCCAGUACAAGAAGACGAUUCUGUUUUGGUUCAGUUUGUUAAAACCAACUAUGUUGCAGCACGUACGGAGUUGCUCGCGCGAUCUUUGAUUACCGGCAACAAAGGCAAACGAACCUUGUCAGUACACAGGCUUGUGCAAGAUGUGGCUCGAGCCAGAUUACGCCAGUCUGAGAUGAGGUGUCACUUCCUGGCCUGUGUCGAGUUGAUCAACGACAGGUGGACUUUCCAAGAGCUCACUUGGAGACAUGGCAUCGCUCGAUGGGAAACUUGUGAGGAGCUGUUCCCCCAUGUACAGCGCCUUAAAACUAUGUAUCCAUCGAUAACACCAUCUCCUGACUCAUUUGACGACUACGAGUUCGCCAGACUACUCAUAGAUAGUGGUUGGUACCAACACGAACGUGGCCAGUCUCUCGAUGCUGUGUAUUCCAACAACAUGGCUCAGUCAAUAUGCGAAUCCCUCAAGCUUCGCUUACUGGAGCAUCCCGAAUUUGCACAGAACAGUCCUGUGACACUCUCAAAGCUAAACUAUUCACUUCUCGAGAUAGCACACAACAGAGGAUGCAUAGCCCUUGAGAUUAACGAGCCAAGCGACGCCCUACAGUAUCUCACGAUGUUCAACCAGGAAAUGGUCAAGGAAAGCCUAAAGAAAAACCCUGAGGAUAUGCGUCUCGCCAUCUCUUGGAAUGAGUUGGGAAAUGCGCACAUGCUCAAUCGUGAUUGGAAGAAGGGCGAAGAAUGUUUCCUCAAGUCCAUUGAGGAGAUGCGCAAAUACCACAAGUUUGGUGAAACUAUGAUCUCGCUACCCCUGGCUAACCUGGGUCUGGCGUACUGGCUACAAGGGAACAACGAGCUAGCUUCAAGCACACUCAAAAAGGGAUUGAAAGACCGCGAGGAUGAGUUCGGCAAGGAAGACCGGGUCUCUUUCAUCACAGGUCGCUUCCUUCACGCCUUGGGAAACGUCGAAUCCAGUCUAGACUAUCAUCGCCGCGCACUCAUGCAUUACAAGUUGACCCUUGGAAACCGUCAUCACCGUACUGCCGACGUUUUCGUCAAAGUUGCAGAGCACCACAUCAAACUUGGAAAUUACGACAUGGCACUCGCUCUUCUCAAUCAUGCUCUUGGCGCAUUUUCCAUUUCUCAUACCUACAUCCCAGAGAAGAUGCGAGCGUGCUGGAUGCGGUCCAAAGCGUUGAGUGCGCUUGGAAAGACAGAUGAAGCAGAAAGCGAGUUGGCAAAUUGCUAUCAGGUUUAUGUUAGAUUACGAAGCAAGCGCGAAGGCGAUGGACCGAAGAUCAAAGACAGGCCGAGCGAGCUUGAUGACGAGGACAUCGAUGAUCUUAUAGUAUUCUGGUCGAAGUGA